ACAUCUCUUUGGGAACAUUCCUCACAUAUUGUGACUGUUGGCACUUGACUUCCACCCCAUAGGUACUGUAUCGCGGGCUCAGAGGAUCAAGAUGCGUAAUCCUGGUGCGCUCGGGAACUAUUCGAGACGCCACAAUCUGGUACAUGGUGGUGAAAGCUCCAGCAUUGGGGAGUAACGGCACUAACAUAAAUACCGUCUCAGUCUGGUGGCAGAGCUCAAGCCGCUGCCUCUCUAUCUUACAGCUCAAGCAUGGCGGGUCCUGAUCCUGUGGCACCGCACGAUAUCUCAAUCUCGGAAACCAAUCUCGUUGGUGUCUGGGCAUCGGGGCCGCUACUUGGUCUGAGCAUUGCCCUAUACAUAUGCUACAUCCGGCUCUUUGCCGACGAGUCCCGCAAUAUACACAAGACUACUCUGCUAGCCAUUGCGACUCUCCAAGUCAUCGUCUCCAUAGCCGGCUACAUAUCUUCUCUUGCGGACCUCGUUCGCGGCUUCAUUGUCCACGUUAACGAUCCUACAGGGCCAAACGGAUACUUCACACCCCCUGGUCGCCCUGCGUACGUCGCUGAAUUCGCAUUCUGGGCUAUAAAUUACAUCAUAGGGGACGGAAUCAUGGCCUGGCGAUGUUAUGUUGUCUGGGGUCGAAACCCAUGGAUCGGAAGCGUCUACGUCGCAUUGGUCGCUGGCUUGGCAGCCGUUUCAUUAGCCAACGUCGGUUUUAUCGCAGAAUCGGCCCACACUACAGAUAUCUUCGCCGCCACCCAUGCUCCUAUUGCCCCGCUCGCUCCGUUCUGCAUCUCGAUGACUGUGCAAGUUAGUGCCACGACGUUGAUCACGUGGAAGAUUCUCAGGACGUCUCGUUGGGGCGACUUGAACAAUAACAAACGUCGCCUUGCGCUUAUUUGGGCAGUUAUCGAGUCUGGAGCCAUCUUGACCAGUGCCACAGCGGUCUUGACAGUUCUUGAAGUCCUGAAGUUCGAGGCUGGCGCGAUGAUGACGCCUAUUAUCACCCAACUGAGUUUCUUGGUCCCGACAUCCAUUGUUGUUCGUGCCAGGAUGAAGCAGGGCAUGGCGAAGAGGGUGAUCCCCUUGCACGGACUGCACGGGAACGGCGUCACUCUAAGGGAGAAACGUUCCGACCCUAAUGAAGCAAGAAGCCCUGGCGGAUCGACUGAUAGCACUGCAAUCACUGUCUCGAUCUCAACCGCCACCGACUUGAAGGUUGACGAAAUAUCGUCCUUCCCGUCCCAAGUUUAACUCCCUCAAAACCAUUGUUGGAAUCUCUACGAUAUGCUAUUGAUAUCUUUGUGUAUGUACUCUAGUUGAGGUCCGCUUGUCAUGACUGAAGGCGCGCCGCGGUGACAUGUCAACAGCUAGCAAAAUUGUCAUAUAGCUCUGAUGUUAUGUAUUUGUAUGGUUGAGUAGCUCUGUAUAUGACCUGAAAAUGUCGUUUUAUGGUUGAAUAAGCCGACAAAGGCGCUGGAAUUCGAGUGUGUUUGCACUUUUGAGGGGAGUACAGCAAG